AAAUGAGCAAAUCAGUCUUAAUAGUUUGUGUCGUUGCAAUCACGAUUUUAGCUUCACCUUUCAAUGUUAUGAUGACAGUGCAUAGCUUAACGCCAUGUGAAGAAGCAUUAAAUGCUUUAAAACCGUGUGUGUCGUACCUUCAUGCAUCUCCAGGUGUUCCUCCGACACCAGAAUGUUGCAAAAGCUUAGAUAACGUGAACCGUAGUGUCAAAACGUUUGAUAAUCAUCGAGAUAUGCACAUUUGUUUGUCAACAGCAGCAACAAUUUCUUCUGCUUCCGAUCCCAACAAGUUUGUCACUUUGCCUCAGCUGUGUCCAACGAAAAAAAAACGGUGUCAAAUCACAACUCGAGGAGAACCUGGGAAAUGUAUACCCGAGACAUGUGCUGCAUCGUGUAGGGGCACAUUGCUGGAGGAACCAAAAGGUUAUUGCCUGCCCAGUCUCACAGACUGCCUUUGCACUUUUAAUUGCCGUAAAGAUAACGGUGAUUGGGAUCCGCCUUUGAAGACGAGAAAA